AUGGCGUAUUGCUUGCCAAGAAAAAACACAGUGAAAACCAUGCUGCGGGGCGGUUAUCAAGUACAGCAACCUUGGGAUCUCGCAGUGCUUACAGAGACUUGGUACACGAACAUAGCCAAGAUCAAGUUCCCCUACUUGCAAGAAAUUACAUUUGGUGGUCCUGUACACCUCAAAAAGUGUAAAACCACUAAGGAUGGUCUGCUGCCUUCUGCAGAAGACAUCAAACUUGAAAGGAAAUGUGAAAUGAAGCGCCUGAAUAACCUGAAAUGUCAGGAAAAUGCAGCUGAGGAAAUUCAAUUUGCCCUAAAGGAAAAGCAAGGUGGUAUGAGAAGACCUCUUCCACCCAAGUGA